UAGAGGGAUGGGCGUGGGCGUGGUUUAGGCAGGGCCACGCCCCCCCGCGCAUGCGCCGCGCGGCGGCGGCGGCGGCGGCUCCGGGAGCGGCUCCGAGCGGGCGGCCAUGAUGGCGGCCGGGCGGGGCCCGGGGCAGUCGGGCGGGAGCGAGGACGGAGCCUUCGAGGAGGAGGAGGAGGAGGAGGAAGAAGAAGAAGAAGAGGAAGAGGAAGAGGAGGAAGAGGAGGAAGAAGCAGCCGGCGCGCCGCCGGCGCCGCCCGACGAUGACGACGACGACGACGACGACGAUGACGACGACGAAGGCUCCGAGGCCACCUCGGUGUCGUCGGGGGACAGCGGCGCCCCCUCCCCCCCCGCCAACGGCUGCGCAGGUGCCCGGCCCCGCCCACCGGGGGAGGAGCCACGCCCCUUCCCGGAGCCGCCGCCCUGUGGGGGAGGGGAGCCGGAGCCCGGCGGCGCGGCCGGCAGCGGGGGAGGGGCGGGGGGUGGGGGAGGGGCGGAGUGGCACCGCUGCCCCGAGUGCGGCCGCGCCUUCGGCACCUCGCGGGCGCUCAAGGUGCACCGCAGCUACCACGUGGGGCGCAAGCGGCCGCAGGCCGCGCCCCUCCCCCACCACCCCCCCGCCGCCCCUCCCCCUCCCCCGCCCCACGGCCCCUCCCCCUUCAAGUUCCACUACAUCUGCGCCGAGUGCGGCCUGGGCUUCGCCGCGCCCGGCGCGCUCGGCGCCCACCGCUGCCACCGCGGCCGCCGCCGCCGCCGCCGCAGCCCCCCCGCCCCUCCCCCUCCCCCGCCGCCUCCUCGCCGCGCCGCCGCCCCUCCCCCGUUCCGCUGCACCGAGUGCGCCGGGGCCUUCGGCCUCGUGGCCGAGCUGCACGAGCACUACAUGCUGCACGCCCGCGGCGAGCUCUGA